CCACCAUACAUGUAUAUAUAAAAUUAUACCCACGAGGUGCACAUUCCCAAUUCAUAUGGAAACACAAAAUUAUUUCUUGAAUAGCAUUCAAUUGAGUGAAUUGGAGAAGCAAAUUUCGAGAUAACUGUAUUGAUCUCCUGUGAUUAAUACAGAAUCACAUGGCUUCUUCCAGUUUUAUAGGCAGUCACCUACUUUACAGUUCCUGCAAUGGCAAGACCCACUCGAGUUCUUUCAAGAAAGCUAGUUUUUCAAUUCCUUCCUCGUAUAAAUUGCAAAACCCAUCUUGUUUUGAAAGAGGGGUUCGAUUUUCAACAAUCAGAGCGACGGCUUCUGAUUCGAAAACUGGUAGAAAACAAGUAGAGGUAGUCUACGAUCUCGAGGACAAGUUCAACAAACUAGCCGAUGAAGUGGAUAAGAAUUCUGGGAUUUCAAGGCUCACUCUUUUUUCUCCUUGCAAGAUUAACGUAUUCUUGAGAAUAACGGGCAAAAGGGAAGAUGGAUAUCAUGAUUUGGCAUCGCUCUUUCAUGUAAAUACUUAUAUUGUUCAGAUUGUUGAAGACAUUCCAAAACCUCUACCGUUCAACCUUCCAUUGGUUCUCAUAAAACCUCAAGAGGCAUGUUCCACAGCUGAAGUAUAUAAGCAUCUCACAUUGGAUCGAACAAGCAAGGUGGAUCCUUUGACCUUGCUAGAGAAGAUAUCAAGGAACGGAAUAUCUCAAGAUGUUUGCAUCAAUGAUCUAGAACCUCCUGCUUUUGAAGUCCUUCCUUCACUAAAAAGAUUAAAACAGCGAUUAGUUGCCUUAGGUCGAGGACAAUACGAUGCCGUUUUCAUGUCCGGGAGUGGAAGCACUAUAGUCGGGGUGGGUUCUCCAGACCCCCCUCAGUUUGUCUACGACGAUGAGGAGUACAAAGACGUGUUCUUAUCAGAAGCCAGCUUCAUCACUCGUGUAGAAAAUCAAUGGUAUACAGAAGUUCCUAUGGAUGCUUCUUCUUCAUCAUCAAUGGAGUUUUCCCGGUCUAUUGAAUAGUAUGCCUUCUUGAAAUACGUGGAACUGUCUUCUUGUAAUUCAUCACAAUUUCUAUUUUAAGAUUGUAGUUUUUCAAUUGUCGACCAAUGUGCUUAUUUAUACAACGUGGAAGAUUAUAAAAUAGAAUCUUGGGUCAUAGAUUGUGAUUC